GCGCUUCUCUAACAUAUCGCGUAGUCAGUCAAUGACGAAUCGUUCAGACUACCUGAUUAUCUUACAAAUAAAAUGUAUACUCUAAAAAGUUACACGGAUUAAUUGUACUUAUAAUUAAAAGUUGUUUGCAACAGUCGCAAAUUCAAGUUUUGCAAUUUCAAAAUCGUACAAACCUAUAUAGCCAAGAUAACCAAUUCAUCUCUCCGUAAGCAAUUCCCAGACUCGAAUUAAGCCAGUGUAUAUUCGGGGUUAAAUUUUUUUCAAGCAUAACCCGAUAAAAAUAAAAAUACUUAUUCCAUCCAAACAUCAUGGUUGUCGCAAAAAAGUUCGUUAUUCGCAAGGCGUUCGAUGGAGAGCCAAAAUCAAGCGAUUUAGCUUUGGUGGAAGAGACUUUGCAGCCCGUCAAAGAAGGCGAAAUAAUGGUCCAAGCCGAGUACAUCUCUGUGGAUCCGUACAUGCGACCGUUUAGUGUACACCAAGCAGUCGGUUCGACCAUGAUCGGCAUUCAGGUGGCCAGAGUCAUCGAGACGAAACACCCAAAGUACCCCGUCGACAAAAGAGUCGUAGCGUUUUUGGGCUGGCGAACUCACGCUGUGUUCAAUCCUGACGUGUCGCUUGGCUACGGGAUGAUCAAGCACAAAACCUACAGCUUACCGAACUUUGACGAUCUGCCCGCGUCGCUGGCCUUAGGAGUUCUUGGGUUACCUGGAAUCGCUGCAUACUUCGGAUUCUUGGAAAUCUGCAAACCACAGCCGUUCGAAACACUCGUGGUGAGCAGCGCGGCCGGAGCUAUCGGCUCCCACGUCGGUCAGAUAGCCAAGAUUCUCGGUCUCAGGACUAUCGGUAUCACCGAUUCGGAUACCAAGGGCAAAUGGCUCGUCGACGAGUUGGGCUUCGACGCGGCGAUCAACUACAAGACGGAGAACGUCGUGGAGGCGCUGAAAAGAGCUGCGCCCGAUGGGGUCGACUGCUAUUUUGACAACGUAGGCGGCGAAAUCUCCAGUGCGGUAAUCAGUCAGAUGCGGAUCCACGGAAGGAUAUCGGUCUGCGGCAGCGUCUCUUGCUACAACAGUGGUGACAUUCUGCGUCACGAGGUUCUGCCGAAAGCGACUGCCCUUCAGCCGGCCCUCACGUCUCUCCAGUUGAAAAUGGAAGGUUUUUUCGUAACUCGAUGGACCUCGGUGUGGUACGAGGGCAUCGAGAAAAAUCUCGCUUGGAUUCGCGAAGGAAAAUUGCGCUACAAGGAGACCAUUACCUACGGCUUCGAAAAUACCUUCGAAGCUUUCGUUGGAAUGCUGCGAGGUGAAAACGUUGGCAAAGCUAUCGUUAAGCUGUAAAAUUAGCUAGAUUAUUUACCUGCAAUCGCAUUUAUGCAUAUAUACAUUGUCGCUGUUGAUUUUGUAAUUGAUAUCGAAUAUUAUAUUGUUAAACUUGAAUAUAUAUAUAUAUAUAUAUAUAUAUAUAUAUAUAUAUAUAUAUAUAUUAUGUUUUGUUAAAUAAAUAUAAACUUACUUUAGUGUUAUGUAUAAUUCACGCUUGUUGAAUAGCAACAAGUGAACAAGUGCUAGGGUUAUAUAUAUAUAUAUAUAUAUAUAUAUAUAUAUAUAUAUAUAUAUAUAUAUAUAUAUAUAUACUUAUGAUUCUGAUUUAGCUAUAAAUUUGUUGCUAGAGCUGUUUUAAUCGUUCGCGGAUAAAGCUUUGGGCUUGUUGAAUAGCAACAAGUGAACAAGUGCUAGGGUUAUAUAUAUAUAUAUAUAUAUAUAUAUAUAUAUAUAUAUAUAUAUAUAUAUAUAUAUAUAUAUAUAUAUAUAUAUAUACUUAUGAUUCUGAUUUAGCUAUAAAUUUGUUGCUAGAGCUGUUUUAAUCGUUCGCGGAUAAAGCUUUGGGCGAGAGAAAGUCGAUGUUGGGAAUCGUAGGCGAUUAAAACUGUUGCCAACUUGUGAUGAAAGUCAAAAAUUUAUUUGCGAAAAAUAUUAUGUACAUAUGAUAUAGGCUAGUAGUUUAUUCUUUCCCCAUCGAUAUUUACAAUUAAAGAAUUAUUUGAAUUUCAAUGUAUUAUUGUUUUAAAAAAUGCAAUGUUGGCGAACUACACGUUUUAAAAGUACGUUUUAUGCUUUCAAGGAUUCAGGAAUUAAUUUAUAAAAUAAUACUCAAAGAAUAUUUAUUUUUGUGAUGGAAAGCAAAAAAAUAAUCUAAAAAUUUGUUAGCAAUAUUCAACGCGAGCGUCUUACUCAUUAAUAUUACUAUCAAAAUAAACAUUGCAAUUUAUAGUAGACUA